AUGAGUCCUGAGGCAGCUUCUGGGGCUAGGAGGAAGGAGGCCAGGAGAGAUGCCAAGAGGAAGGGAAAGCAGUCCUGUUCUCACUGUCUCCCCAGAUGUGGCGGCACAGCUGGAGCCAUCCUGACCUGUCCCCUGGAAGUGGUGAAGACACGUCUGCAGUCAUCCUCAUUGGCCCUGCGGCCUCUCUGCCUCCCUGAAGUGCAGCUACAGGGGCUGAGCGGGGGACUUGUGCGUCCAGCCCUCCCCUCUCCUGGCGUGCUCCAGUUGAUGAGGGCCAUCCUAGAGAAGGAAGGGAUCCGCUCCCUCUUCCGAGGCCUGGGUCCCAACCUGGUUGGAGUUGCCCCCUCCAGGGCCAUCUAUUUUGCUGCCUAUGCUGGGGCUAAGGAGAAGCUCAAUGUUGUCUUCGUACCCGAGUCCAAGAAAGUUCACAUGCUCUCGGCAGUCUGUGCAGGAGUCACCUCUGCCACACUCACCAAUCCCAUCUGGCUGGUGAAAACCCGGAUGCAGCUGGAAGCCCGGGCAAGAGAGGAGAAGCACAGUAAUGCCCUACAGUGUGCCAUGCGAGUGUACCGCAUGGAGGGUCUGCGGGGAUUUUACCGGGGAAUCAGUGCCUCCUACGCUGGAGUCUCUGAGACAGUCAUCCAUUUUGUCAUCUACGAGGCCCUGAAACAACGGCUGAGGGAGCAGCAGCCACUCCUCCCCGCAGCCCUUGCAUUUGCACCCAACUGCCGUGAUUUCUGUGGUCUCAUGGCAGCUGCUGCCAUCUCCAAGACAUGUGCCUCUUGCAUUGCAUACCCACACGAGGUCAUCCGGACACGGCUGCGAGAAGAAGGGUCCCGCUAUCGCUCCUUUGUGCAGACCCUGCGGCUGGUGGUCCAUGAAGAGGGACCCCUGGCUCUGUACCGAGGACUCCUGGCCCAGAUGAUGCGCCAGAUCCCCAACACAGCUAUCAUGAUGGCUACCUAUGAGCUGAUCAUCCACUUGGCCACCAAAGUGUGACUGCACAAGCACACAGCCCAGCCCCUUAUUGAGGUUGCUGGUGUGCACAGGAGACCCACAGUUUUCUGACUUGACAUGUGUUCCUGUUCCACGAGGCAGUGCUGUUUCCUCUGUAGCAGGCGGCCUGCGUGGUAAUGAACUUGGGUGUGGCAGUCUGCCCAUCUGCUGACAGGAUGCAGUGUUCUCAGGCCAAAGAGCUGGUUCUGGGUGGAGUCUUCAGCUCCACUGGGGGCUGCGUGACCUCUAGCAUCAGCCUCCAAAAAGUGGUAACUGGUCUGAUGCCCUGAGGAGUCAGUGAACAAGCUACAGUGUGUGCAGCGGGGCUCCCAAGGUAUGGAGUUCAGGGGAGAAAGAGACAAAGGAAGAUAAAUAAAUCAGAUUUAUAUUUAUAGUAGAAGGA